GGGCAGAGUGGAUUCCAGGGUUUUAGAGGAGGAAACGACAGAGUGAGAAGCCCAGGCAGGGUGUCCCAUGGAUGAGGAACGGGCUAUGCAUCCCUUAGCUGCACUGAGCCGCGUGGUGCUCUCACCCGUCUGGUUCGUGUACAGUCUCCUCAUGAAGCUGUUUCAGCGCUCCACACCGGCCAUCACCCUCGAGAACCCCGACAUCAAGUACCCUCUGCGGCUCAUCGACAAGGAGGUUAUCAGUCACGACACCCGGCGCUUCCGAUUCGCCCUCCCUUCCCCCCAGCACAUCCUGGGUCUUCCUAUUGGCCAACACAUCUACCUCUCGACCAGGAUCGACGGCAACUUGGUCAUUCGGCCCUACACCCCUGUGUCGAGCGAUGAUGACAAGGGUUUUGUGGACUUGGUGGUCAAGGUUUACUUCAAGGACACCCAUCCCAAGUUUCCAGCUGGAGGGAAAAUGUCUCAGUACCUGGAAAACAUGAAUAUUGGCGACACCAUUGAAUUCCGAGGUCCCAAUGGGCUACUGAUCUACCAGGGCAAAGGGAAGUUUGCCAUCCGUGCAGACAAGAAGUCCAACCCCGUUGUCAGGAUGGUGAAGUCUGUAGGCAUGAUUGCAGGAGGAACAGGCAUCACCCCAAUGCUGCAGGUGAUCCGAGCCGUCAUGAAGGACCCAAACGACCACACUGUGUGCUAUCUGCUCUUUGCCAACCAGUCCGAGAAAGAUAUCCUGUUGCGGCCUGAGCUGGAGGAACUGAGGAACGAACAUUCAGCUCGCUUCAAGCUCUGGUACACAGUGGACAAAGCCCCUGAUGCCUGGGACUAUAGCCAGGGCUUCGUGAAUGAGGAGAUGAUCAGGGACCACCUUCCACCUCCUGGGGAGGAGCCGCUGAUACUGAUGUGUGGACCCCCACCGAUGAUCCAGUUUGCCUGUUUGCCAAACCUGGAGCGUGUGGGCCACCCCAAGGAGCGAUGCUUCACCUUCUGAUGGCUGCUGGAUGCUGGCCACUCCCGUGCCUGCUGCUCACGCACCCACCACAACCACCUGUCCACCCCUUCCUUCCCCACCACUGUCGCUCACCCUGUCAUAUGCCCACAUCCAUGCUGGGGCCUGGGUUCAGCCUGGCCUGCCCAGCCCUGGUCAUCCAGCUGUACUGGCCCCUGAGGGGCCCCUUUGGGAGCAGGCCUGUGUAUCAGGUGGCUUCUGUUGACCACUCUCUGAAUAGGCUUCUGUCUGGUACUAACUGGCCAUUACCAGAGAUGUCCCGUGACCACCCCCUUACACACACACAGAGAAAGAGAGAGAGAGAGAGGGGGGGGGGAGAGAGAGAGAGAGAGAGAGAGAGAGAGAGGAAAGAGAGAGAGAGGAGAGAGAGGAGAGAGAGGAGAGAGGGAGCGAGAGCGAGAGCUGUCAGUACCAUGUCCACCCAUUGCCAUGAACCACAGUCUAUAGAAAGGAAGGGAAAGUUAAACAGUUACCUACAGUCCUAGGAACCAUGCCUGCUACCUAACCACCUUCCUGCCUUAGGCCAUAGCCUGGCCUGUGCCCCUAAACACUACAUUAGACAGUGGCACCCAGAGGUUCUCUUAGGAGGGUGUCCGGCAGUGACAGGCCAGCCCCCACUUGCCGGCCAGGGGUCCCUUGGGGCAGCAUGUGGACCCUUUCAAAACCACACAUACUGCCCCCGACUCCAUGCAGUCUUGAGUACCCUAAGUUGUCAGCCCAAAAGAGUUUGGUAGACCUUGGGGUCCCUGGCUUAUUUCUCCAUCCCAAACCUCCCUCCUGUCUGGUCCCCAGCCUGGGGAGGUUCUGAGCAGUGCCUCUUGUCUUGGAGACAGACCUGGUGCCUGGCGCUGCCUUCAGCAGGCAGCAGGCAGCCUCCUCCACACUGGCUUUUUUAGUCAUUUAUGGGCAAAAAGAGUUAAAGUAAAACUUUGCAAAUCCUGA